GCCCGGGCCAAGGACCCCACCUCAACGUUCCUCUUCCGCGCCGGCGGCGAAUCAUCCGGGCAGCGCCCAACAGAACGGAACGCAAGGUCUCGUGCGUCGCCUCACCUCUCCACCUCAAAUCCUUGAUCCUCCUCGUCUGCCGCCGCUUCCAGUUCCACCCCCGGAGCGGAGAUCGCGACGCGACGCGACGGCUCCGCAACCCGAGGCAAGGGAUUCGCCGCCGGCACGUAUGAUGGGAGGAAUCCACUCGACUCGCGGAUUAUUGGGGCUUAUUAUUUUCGGGUUUAAUUUCCCCCAUCCAACUGCAUCUUCCUCUCCUACAGCCUAGCCUCUUCAUGCGCAUAUAUUCAUGUAGAUUAUUAACUCUUCUCGCUCAUCGCUCACAUAGUCUGACUACUUUUGUAUUUAUUCCUUCACAUCACAUAUGUAUGCAACCCCCCUCAGGCAAGGCAGGCUACAUAAAUAAAGACAAGAGAAAACAACAACAAGAAGAAGAAUCAAAACCACCAUGGACGCCCACAGUUUUCAGGACGAUGAUUAUCUUCAAGAGGACAGGCUGUUCCGCGGAGAACAGCAGCUUGCAGGGGCAAGCGCUGGGGAGAUUCUGGCUAGGGUGGACCUCGAGGUCGCAUUCGUCUUCGAGAAGCUCCUAAACCUGGAGACGCUGGUCAUGGAGAUCGCUCGACGAGCCGCUGACAUCGAGCCUCUCAUGCGGGAGCCUCAAUCCACUUCCGCAGAGUCGGUUCACGAGGCUUUCGAAUUUGAUGUCCUCUAUUGCAUCGUUGACUCUGAAACCAAUGAGUUGGAGAAGCUGGUUGUUUCUAUUCAGAUGGAUAUUGCUAGCGCUGAAAGCAACGUCUCGGAGGAAGAACCUGGGAGCAGCCUCAUCGACAAGCUGCAUACUGCAACAGAUUCCUUGAAGAAGAUGCAGGAGCUCAUCUCUACUAUUAGAAGGGAGUCUGCAACCUUCGAGAAAACCAUACAACCUUCACAAGAUAAUCAAGGAACUGGUGAGGUCAUGGGAUAUGAAAAUGGUCACAUGUCAACUAACACCACCAUGCAGGCUGAGGAUCAGAGAAAUUUUCUGCAGAUGUUACAACAGUCUAUAGCAAGUGAAUUAGAUCUUCAACAGAAGAUGUUUGAUACACAAUCUUCUGUUGAAGACCUCAAAAUGAAGCUGCAUUACGCCGAACAAGAAUCGUAUUUCUUGGAGGAAUCCAUUGGAGAUGUUUACGAAAGAAUGUUCGCAGCGGAGAAUGCUUCCCAACUGUUUCUUGGGGUCUCAAAGGAACUCAUCGGUACAAUUGAUACCAUCCAGUUCUCUCUGACUGCUUCAGUUCACAGGGAAGGUGAACUUAAAUCAAAGUUAGAGGAAAGCUUGAUGAAAUUAAAUGUCAACCAGAGCACGAUAGUGCCAGGAGACAGUGACAACAAUGGCAAUCAGGAGGCUGUGCAGAUGCAGGUGCUAUCACCACCUGAAUUCUUGACUUUGCGGAAUAAGGUUCAGCAGCUGGAGGAAUGGUUGAGGGACUCUGGUUCUCAUCCGCAGUGGUCACUGCUAUCAAGAGGGGAAACUGAAGAAGAGCAGAAUACAAUGCAGACUGAGAUAAACCCAUUUGGGAAUAUUAUCAGUGAUCUUAAACUUGCCAUUACCAAUGCAGAAAAUAGAACACAAAAUGCUGAAGCAAGGUGUACACAGCUCACUCAAACUAAUGUUCAGCUUAGCGAGCAGUUGGACUCCCUUAAAAGUCAGGGUUCAGAUAGGGCUGGCUUGUUGGAGACAAAACUUAAGGAAUCGGACACUCAAUUAGAGCAUGCAAGAGCAUCAGUAGAUGCUAUUGUUGAACAACAGGGUAUGUUAAGAUCUUCGAUGUCUGAUAUGGAACAUCUGAUUGAAGACUUGAAAGAAAAGUAUUUGAAAGCUGAAACCAGGGCUGAGAAUGCUGAAUCAAAAUGUUCAUUGUUGACAGACACUAAUUUAGAGCUUAGUGAAGAGCUGUCAUUUCUGAGAGGUCGAGUAGAAAGUCUGGAAAACUCGUUGCAUCAAGCCAAUCAACUGAAGAUGUGCACUGCAAAAGAGAUUGGUAGUCAAAUUAAAACUAUCGCUGACCUGGUUGCAAAACUUACCAUCCAAAGAGAACGACUUCAUGGGCAGAUUGUUACACUGACAAAAAAGAACAGGAUAUUGGCUCAAAAAUGCAAGGAGAAUGAUAAUGGAGCUACAUCAUUGAGCAAAGAAGUUACUGCAACUGAAGGUCAACUCAGGCCCCUUAAAGUAAUGGAGGAAGCAUCUCUAAACUGUUCAACAACACAACCCAAGGUGGCACCAACUGAUAGCACUCCACAAGAAGAGGUGGAAGCUGAGGAGGUGACUACACUGGAGGAUGAGUCUGGUGCCAGGAGGACACUUGAGACAGUUGGGUCCAUUGAGCCGCUGCAGCUAAAUUGGAAGCACAUUUCCGUGGCAGUGCUGGUCUUGCUAGCUGCUGUUCUUGUGUACCAGAUGUACCAAUCUGAUGACAGAGCUGAACAAGUGCUAAGGAAAUUUUUAGGCUAGUAGUAUUGCGUAGAAUAAAGUAGAAGCUAUCUUCUAAUACCAAUAGUUGCAGAUGCAAUUUUUGGUAGUGGUUGGCUAGUUGUAACCGUUGCAGUUGCAACUUUCAAGUGUCAAAGCAUAAUUUAACUGUGAGAUGACCCUAAAUGAGACUAGAUGCCUUCGAUGCACAGCCAAUGAAAUUCCGCUCCACCCAUUUGUGUGGCCGAGACUGUUGGAAAAUGAUCAGCUACAGCAACUUUCUUUCAUUUUUUAUUUGGUGGGGUGUAAGUACGGCACCUAGUAUGAUCUUUCAGAAUUUCAGUACAUGUAAUGCACAUUCUUGUAUAAUCACUCUGUACCUGACCAGAUUUUUUUUUAAAAAAAAAUCUGAAAUUGCAAACA